AUGCUAAAGUUAUCAGUGAUGAGAUUCGAACACGCAACAUUUGGGUUGCUAGACGUUUGUGUUGUACCGUACCAAACGUAACACAUCAUACUAAUUUGAGUGUCCUGGAUUUACAUUUUUAAUAUGUUACGUUUAGUCAAUGAGACCAGGCUGUGAAAUGAGGUCUAGUUGUGGCCACAACCGGACUAGAUUGUGUAAGACUCUUGGCAGAAUGCAUUGCUUGACUGCCGGGUGAUAAGCAUAAUAUCGUUUGUGAACUGCAGCACCCCAAACGGUUAGUUCUCGAGUUCGAGUUUGUUAGGCAAAGGCUGUGUGUAUGUUUUGGUUCUACAAAGAUGUGGCCAUCACAUUCAAUAAUCAAGUAAUCGCAUUAAUUCUUGAACCAUGCGAUCAAUCCGUUCUAAACAUGUAUUUGUCUUCUCUAUGCUGCCUGCAACAUCAUCUAUUUUUCUGCGCGCACAUAUGACAGACCGCUGUUGGUUGGAACACGUCUCUGGAGCCGCUGACUUGGAGGAGCAUGUAUUCAUUCUGCCGUAGAAUUCAUUGUGUCCAGCCAGCAGGUCAAACGAACGACAAAAAUGAACGAGUCACUCAGAAAUACGAAUCAUGACUCUCCAGCCAGUAAAAAGAGACGGUUCAAAAAUAACUAAUCGUUUGCGAACUGCACAUCACUAUUGUGAGUGUGCAUAGUCAGUGCAAUAUCAGUGGAGGCUGGUGGGAGGAGCUAUAGAAGGACGUGCUCAAUGUAAUGACUGGAAUUAAUGUAAAACAUGUGGUUUCCAUAUGUUUGAUACUGUUUCCAUUUACUCCAUUCCAGCCGUUACAAUGAACCCGUCCUCCUAUAGCUCCUCCCACCAGCCUCCAUUGUGCAAGAUGGGGUCAGUGCAAUGCAGAUAGUCAGGGUAACCAUUAAUUAAUUAUUUAGCAUUCUUAUGGCUAUUUAACAGUCUCAUGGUUUGGGGGUAAAAGCUGUCUCGGAGCCUAUGAUAUUGUACUGUUUGCCGGACGGUAGCAGAGUGAACAGUCUAUGCCUUGGGGUUGCUGGAGUCUUUGGCCAUUUUUCGGGCCUUCCUCUGACACCGCCUGGCAUAGAGGUCCUGGAUGGCAGGGAGCUCGGCCCCAGUGAUAUACUAGUCUAACCGCAUCACCCUCUGUAGUGCUUUGCAGUCGAGGGUGGUGCAUUUGCCAUAUCAAGCAGUGAUUCAGCCAGUCAAGAUGCUUUUUGAAGAUCCGAGGGUCCAUGCCAAAUUGUUUCAACCUCCUGAAGGGAAACAGACGCUGUCGUGCCCUCUUCACAAGUGCGGUUGUGUGUGGGCCGGAGGAUGUGAACGGAGUUGAGCGGUUGGAAAUUCCACUCAUUGCUCACAGAGCAGUCUUUGCUCACCGCUCCGGCGCUCAGCUUCCUUUCCCCUGCUCCGGUAAAAACCGCUCAGCGCUCACAGGAGAGAGAAAAAAUGGUAUGGCGGUUUCGGCGCCAAGAUCUUUGUAAGGCAGGGUUUACAUACAAGCACACACCACCAGUCCAAGUGAAGGGUUCAACCGGUUUAUUACUAUCAGGUUUCAGCAGCAUUCCUGAUAUACCAAACUCAGAACAGACAGAGUAAACACUUCGUCACCAGUGGACGGUCCUCCAAUCUUGGUUCUUCGGGGGUUCAUAAGUUCCUUUCUUCCGUUAAUCCUCCUUCUCCACCAUACGUUCUGUCUCCUCACUAACCUCCUACUCCUUCACCUGCCGGGGUCAAAGAAAAGACAAACCAGGGCGCGGUUAAGUAGAGGCCCUGAUUGGUUUCACCUGUCUGCAGUUUGGCCCUGAUUGGUUUCACCUGUCUGCAGUUUGGCUCUGAUUACAACUGGAGACAGGUGUGGCUGUUCUGCUGCAGUCUAGAAGUUUUCCCCUGAGCUGUCCGUGGUCCUGCCUCUGGGGAAUACUUCACAGUGCUGUCCGUGGUCCUGCCUCUGGGGAAUACUUCACAGUGCUGUCCGUGGUCCUGCCUCUGGUGAAUACUACACAGUGCUGUCCGUGGUCCUGCCUCUGGGGAAUACUUCACAGUGCUGUCCGUGGUCCUGCCUCUGGGGAAUACUUCACAGUGCUGUCCGUGGUCCUGCCUCUGGGGAAUACUUCACAGUGCUGUCCGUGGUCCUGCCUCUGGUGAAUACUUCACAGUGCUGUCCGUGGUUCCCGGCAGCCAAAAAACAAAGAAACCUUGCAGGCACAUAACGUCCAUCCACCACAAACCCUGAAACCACCACAACCCCUGAAACCACCACAACCCCUGAAACCGCUACAACAGCCUUCACAAAUUCACUCCAUCUUUUGUUUAAAAAUAUAAUUUAACAAACACCCAAUCUACUUUUGUGACUAUAUACACCAUUAGUUUUUUAAAUUUCAACAACAUGUAGGCUAUUGAACCAGGAUCUACAUGAUGAUAUGAGACCGCUGUGUUAACAAAACAACUGGCAUUUUCUCUUAUCUAUUGAAGCUCAGAUACUUCAGUUGUACUCCACUCCACGCUCCAGCCAAAUUACACACGCUCCUCGCUCCACUCCAGCUCCUCUCCACUUACAUCCUCUGGUGUGGACCAUGUUAAGUCCUUAGUGAUGUGGACGCCAAGACCCGCCCCACCACAGCCCUGUGGAUGUGGAUGGGGGCGUGCUCUCCCCUCUUUCUCCUGUAGUCCACAAUCAGCUUCUUGGUGUUCCUGACGUUGAAGGAGAGGUUGUUGUCAUGGUACCACACUGCCAAGUCUCUGACCUGCUCCCUGUAGGCUGCCUCGUCGGUGAUCAGGCCUACCACCUUCGUGCUGUCAGCAAACUUGAUGAUGGUGUUGGAGUUGUGCGUGACCACACAGUCGUGAGUGAACAGGGAGUACAGGAGGGGACUAAGCACACACCCUUGAGGGGCCCCUGUGUUGAGGGUCAGCGUGGCGGAGGUGUUGUUGCCUACCCUGUCCAAUCUUAUCCAGGUGGAAGAGGGCAGUGUGAAGUGCAAUUGAGAUUGUGUCAUCUGUGGAUCUGUUGGGGUGGUAUGCAAAUUGGAGUGGGUCAUUCAAUAGCCAACAAUGCUCGAAAGUAAAUCGACCCGUAGCCUAUUUAAAAUAUUUGACCGUAUGGAUAUGCAACAGCAUUGUUCUGCAAUAGGAGCCUAUUUAAUCUCAGAGCCUAUGCCAAGGCAGGAGAUAGAAACACAAUCAUGUAUUGAUGAAUAAAAUAUUGAACAACAAUUUGUAUUUUUCAUAAGUGUGAGCUGUAGUAUUUCCUCUUAAAUUGUUCAAAUAUACAAUCAGUCUUGCAGAAUGCGCGGCCAGUGAUUGGCACUAACUAUAGGCAGCAUGCAUUUUUUGAUUUAAAAAAACUACAGAAAUGUGAUCAAAAUUGCCAUUGCGUUUUCUUUUAGAAACUGUCACGGCCCAGUUCCAACAUCUCCAUAUCAUACAGAAAAUUAGUAUGGCUCUGAUUUAUCAAUGAAAACGUGUAUAUGUUGCAUGCGACAGUUUGAUAAAUCCCAAUCAUUUGUUGCGCACGCAACGCAUUUUCAGACUGGUUGAACAAUGACCAUCUCAAAAGUAGUGUGUGUGUGUGUGUGUGUACUCUGGCUGGCUGUAUUUCAUAUGUGUUCAUCUUUUUUCAGCAUGCUGCCCAAGAAACUUGCUUUUGCAUUCAUCACUGGUGACGACAUUGAUUGACUGCUAAUAAUAAUAGUAACUAAUUAUGAUAAUAAUGAUAUUGUAUGAUUGUUUUGUUAGGUCACCACAGGCCUGAACCAAGCUAAUACAAGAGGACGUCCAGCUGCUGACACCAUAGACCCUCCAAAGCCACCCAAAGUGCUCCGUACUGGAGUUAGUGAUGAAGUCCGCACGGAUCAAAUUGAACACUGGCCAGUGAAGUGUGAGACCCGGGGUCGCUGCAAAGUCUGCCAGAAAAAUGUAACAAAUACCCUCUGCCAGAAAUGUGACGUGAGACUGUGUUUCACCUUUGAGAGGAAUUGCUACAAGUUGUACCACAUGCCUUAGUGCGGGAAAUAAUGGCACACUGACAGGAUAAACAACUUGUUCAAUGUAACUUGGGUUUCAGAAGUAAUGAGUUAGGCUUCAUAAUGAAUGUUUACAUUUCAAUGGUUUUAUUACAUUGUAUUGCUAUUGUUGUAUUUAAGCGCAAUGUUACACAUUGAUACACACACUCUCUCUGUCUUCUGUCUUUAUCAGAGUAAAAUAUGUUAUAUGAAUUAUUAUUGAGAUUUUGUGUAUUUAUGAAGAUUUUGACAUUUCUUUUGCAUUUCAGGAUUUAACUCAGGGUUAUACUUUGUUCACAUUUAAAUAAAGCUGUAAGAUUUGAUAAACUGAGUGUUUUCUGUGUUUUGU